AAAAACAAAAUUGAGACGUUUCAUGUUUACUCUUUUUACAGACAAUUUGCAAAAAUAUAAAGAAUUAAUAUGUGAAAAUAUUGAAAAAAGAAUCAUUCGAUAUAUUGUUUUCCAAUAUGAAUAUACUAAAACGAAUAAAAAACAUGUUCAAGGAUUUUGCAUGCUCUGGACGCAAAUGAGAUUAGGAAAUUAUAAAUAUGGUAAAAAAGCCUCGACAAUUAAAAGUGUUUUUCAAUCUGAAGAAAUGCAUGUUGACUACCAUAAUGGAACUUUUGAAGAUGCGAUCAAUUAUUGUAAAAAAGAUUACAAUCGUUGUUCCAACCAUCAUCCAUAUUGUAGAUGUGACUUCUUUGAUUUAACAAAAACAUGUAACAAAUGUGAUGAAAACUGUUUGGAAUUUCGAACAUUUGCACGAGUUGAUGAUAAUUCUG